AUGGCGGGCACCCAGCAGUACAACUACCCUCCUCCCCCACCGCCGCCUCCCGGCAAUCCUCCAAACCAACAACAGCAACAUCCGCAGUACGGAUACACGCAGCAGCAACCACAGUACCAGCAAGCUCAGCGCGGUGGUGGUUCUCUCCGAGGCGGACGCGGUGGCAAUCAAGGUCGUACCGAUUACCAGCAACCGUACAAUCCUUCUCAACCCAAUGGCGGCUACGAUCCACAACACCCUCAAGGCCCACCGCAUAACCAAGGUCCUCCGCAACAGGGUCCGCCCGCUGUCUACAACGGUCCUCAAGCCCCUGGCCCGCAAGGUCAACAAGGUGCUGGCUACUCCGGUCCACAAUGGCAGAACGGUCAACACCUUCAGCAGCAUGGCCCGCCACAUCAUGGUCCGCCUCAACAGCAACACCCUCAACAGCCUCCCAUGCAGCAUGCAGCUCAACCCGCUCCUUUGUCUGCGCAGAAUUAUCAUCCCAACUACGCUCCGCAAGCAUACAGUCAGCAGCCACAGUAUGGUCCGCAACAACCCCAGCAGCAGUUCCAAACUCCUCAACCUUCUUUUGGACACAGUGUGCCCCCUCAUCAGCAACCGCCGCAGGGUGGACCUCCACAACAGUGGCAAGGCCCUUCUCAGAAUCGACCACCUUUCAAUAAUAAUGCACGGGGUCGUGGUGGCUUUCCUAAUGCCCGAGGCGGUCAUGAAGCACCUCUCAUGGGUCCUCCAAUUCGUAUGGGUUUUGAUAACGAUCGAGGCGGUGGUCACAUGGCUCAAGCGGGCAGUGGCUAUCCCCAACAGUAUCCAAACCAUCAAACCCCACCUGCCCCCUUCACUCAGCCUUCGUAUCAAGGUUACCCUCCAGUGGCAUUCAAUGGCGGACAGCGUCCACCACUUGAUCCCAAUCCAUACAACUCUGGCCCUCAUAGGGGUCGAGGAAACAUGAAUUUCAGAGGCAGAGGUGGUGGUCGUGGUGAUUUCAACAAUAAUUCGUUUCGUGGUCGCAACGAUUCUCGUCAGCACAGUAAUGGCAGCCAGAGAUCUUCUUCUGAAAACUUCCACAAGCCUGCAGGUGCAGAAUCAAGUGGCAAAAAGAAGAAGAAGCGCCGCACAAACACUCUCGGUCUUACACCAAAUGGUGUUGAUCACGAAGACAGCGAAGAUGAGAUCGAUGAUGUUGAUGAAGAAGCUCGUCUUGUUACUUUGCUUGGUCCCGAUACCCCACAGCUGCCAACUGAUUUGGAUGCUUGGCUUCAAGAGCGUAGAAGUCGCUACCCUACGAAAGCUCGUAGAGAUGCUGCCGCGGAAGAGCUUCGUCAACGACGUGAGCAAGGUCGGCCCAAGAAGGAUCAAAGCGACAAAUUAAUCAAGAAGGAAGAGGGCGAGAGCAAGUUGGAGCGACAGCAGCGCAAGGCCGAAAAGCUCAGACUCGAGCUCGAGAAGGCAGAACGAAAAGUCCAAGAAGCCAUGUCAGGCUCCAAGCGCAAGCGUGAGAAUGGCGAUGAGGGCGACGAAGAACGUGGUCAAGUGAGCGAGGAAGAAUCCGACGAAUCAUCUGGCUCAGACUCCGAAGGCUCCAAACCCGAAGCAAUGUCGUCUCGCAAUCAUGCUCCUCUCCGACUGCCUCCUCCACCAAAAGCACAACUUCAGCGACACUGCAAGUACUUCUCGACUGGCGGUACUUGUGGUAAGAAGGGCAAGUGUCGCUUCGUGCAUGAUCAGGAGGUUCGCAAUCAAGCCUUGAGAGACAAGGAGGCCAAUGGUGGCAAGAUGACCCUCGCUCAACGGCUCAUUCUCAACGACACCGCCAAGGAUGACUUGACCAUCUUGAAGUCAAUCAAGUAUCUCAAGGAGAAGGGUUUGAUGCCAGAUCAACUCGUUGGCGGUGUACCAAGAUACCAUGAUGACAACGAAUUCAAGAGUGAUGACAAUGGCUACACUGAGAAUCUCAACUACGGAGACAAUUAG